AUGAAGGUUCUAGGAUUGGAUGAGAUUUCCCCGGGUUCAAAGUAUCUACCAAAAUCGAAAUCUGAGGUUUCGAUUAAGCGAAAUACACCACAUUCUCAUUCUUCAAAUUCGAAGUCAAAUAAAUCAGAAGGCCAUGAAGAUAUAUUUGCUCCUGCAGAACCUGGCCAUGAUAAUAAUCAAAGCGAGGAACGGAAUGGACCGAUACGGAAGAAGUGGAGAGCAAAAAUCGCAGAACUUGAUAAAAAUAGACCUUUUGGCAAUUCAUUGACCGAUCGUUUUGAACGAAGACACACAUACCUUCGAAUUUCAAUAACAGAGCGAUGUAAUUUAAGAUGUACUUAUUGUAUGCCAACUGAUGGUGUUGACCUUACACCUUCCAAUAAACUUCUAACUACCGAGGAAAUCAUACGAAUUGCAAAAAUAUUUGUCUCCCAAGGCGUUAAUAAGAUCAGGCUUACAGGCGGUGAACCUACUGUAAGAAGCGAAUUGGGGAGGUUAAAAUCACACGGUUUACAGACGAUCGCUAUGACUUCUAAUGGAAUAGCAUUGAAACGGAAAUUGCCCGAACUUGUUGAGAAUGGAUUGAAUCUGUUGAAUCUUAGUUUAGAUACUUUGGAUCCAUUCAAAUUUCAAUUGAUCACACGUAGAAAAGGCCUUGAAAGAGUUUUGGAAACAAUUGAUCAAGCUAUUGAAUUGGGCCUUAAACCUUUAAAAAUCAAUUCGGUGGUUAUAAGAGGAAUAAAUGAAAAUGAAGUAUUAGAUUUUAUAGAGUUGACGCGAAACAAGCCUAUUUAUGUAAGGUUCAUUGAAUAUAUGCCAUUUAAUGCUAACAAAUGGAAUGAGAAAAAAUUUAUACCAUAUAAAGAGUUAUUGGAUAAUAUUAAAUCCAGAUAUCACACCAUUCGAAGGUUACCUGAUGAUUUAAAUGAUACUUCAAAGGCAUAUUGUAUACCUGGAUUUACUGGAAAAUUUGGAUUUAUUACUUCCAUUGAUACCCAAGAUCAUUGUUUGAACCAAGGUAAACAGAACCCACUGGCAACCACACUAGCUGUUUUCUUUACCUGA